AUGAUCUGUGCCCUCAGGGCCUCCAGCAAACCAACACCAGAAACCUACCCUGGUCCCUCCUGCCUUCUGCCUUUCUCCUGUCAGCAAUUCCUCAGCCAACACGUUCUGCAGAUCUUCCCAGGCGUGUGUGCAGAAUAUCCCUUCCAUCUAGGGCGGUCCAGCCCAGAGCAGUGGGAUUCUCAUCAGAGCUGCAGUGGGAAGAACACAGAUGUCAUCAGACCCUUGUGUGGGAGGACAGGGGACAGAGAGACUUCAAGGACGUCCUUCAGCCCAGCCCAAAGACGGUCAGCAAGCCCUAGAGACGGCCACCCAGGGGCAGGAAUAGAGCACAGCUCAGCCCAGAGGGUGAACUCUGUGGAAGCAGACCGAGGGCUGAAGGAAUCAGGAAGCUCAAGAUUCGGAGCAGUCAGCUCUGGAGAGGAUGGACCAGACUGUGGCCUGAAGUCAAACUUUAUCACAAACCAGAGGCCCCUCCUCCGGGAGAAGUCCCAUGUGUGCAUGGAGUGUGGGCGAGGCUUUAACUGGAAAUCAGUUCUCCUGAGACACCAGAGGACCCACUCGGGAGAGAAGCCUUACAUGUGCAAGGAGUGUGGGCGAGGCUUCAGCCACAAGUCGAGUCUCCUCACACACCAGAGGAAACACUCGGGAGAGAAGCUUUUUGACUGUAGUGAGUGUGGCCGAGGCUUUACCCAGAAGUCACACCUCCUUAUGCACCAGAGGACGCACUCCGGGGAGAAGCCGUAUGUGUGCAGCGAGUGUGGACGAGGCUUUACCUGGAAAUUAAGCUUCCGUAGACACCAGAAGACACACUCAGGGGAGAAGCCACAUGUGUGUAAAGAGUGUGGCCGAGGCUUUACCCAGAAGUCUCACCUUCUUAUGCAUCAGAGUACACACUUAGGGGAGAAGCCGUAUGUGUGCAGCGAGUGUGGACGAGGCUUUACCUGGAAAUUAAGCUUCCGUAGACACCAGAAGACACACUCAGGGGAGAAGCCACAUGUGUGUAAAGAGUGUGGCCGAGGCUUUACCCAGAAAUCACGCCUCCUUAUACACCAGCGGACCCACUCGGGAGAGAAGCCCUAUGUGUGUAGUGUGUGUGGCCGAGGCUUUACUGAGAAAUCAGUCCUCCGUAUGCACCAGAGGACACACUCAGAACAUAAGCCAUAUGUUUGCAGUGAGUGUGGCCGAGGCUUUAACCGGAAAUCGCUUCUCCUCAUCCAUCAGCGGACACACUCAGGGGAGAAGCCAUACGUUUGUAGUGAGUGUGGCCGAGGCUUCACCCGGAAGUCAGUCCUCCGUAUACACCAGAGGACACAUUCAGGAGAGAAGCCUUACGUUUGCACUGAGUGUGGCCAAGGCUUUAACGAGAAAUCAUGCCUCUUUGUGCAUCAACGGAAAAUACACUCAGAGGAGAAGCCAUUUGUGUGCAAGUGUGGGCGAGGCUUUCGGUAUAAAUCAAGUCUCAUCAGCCACCAGAGAACACACUCUUGUGAGAAACCUUACAUGUGUGUGGAGUGUGGGCGAGGCUUUACCCAGAUGGCUAGCCUUUUCUUCCACCAGAGGACACACUCAGGGGAGAAGCCACACGUGACCCACUCGGGGGAGAAGCCCCAUGUGUGCCAGGAGUGUGGGCGAGCCUUUAGCUAUAAGCAAAGCCUCACGAGACACCAGCAGAUUCACUCCUAA